GGCCGCCGGCGUGCCAGCAGCCGGGAUGGCGACUCUCAAGGCGCGCCUCCUUCUGGUCGUCGCAUACGUGGCCAGCGUGGCCGCGGUGGUGAGCGUGGAGCGCUAUUGGCACGACUCGGGCUACCGGUUUUCCGACCUACUGCGCCGUAACGACUACGUUGCCGCACUGCUUUUGGUCUUUGCUCUCAUCGGGAUCAUCCUCAGUGCGUUGAUUGUCGCCGCUGGAUUGGUAAACCUCGCCACCAGAGCACUCGCCAACCACGGCUGCGACGGCUCUUGCCAGCACCAGCGGCGGCAACAUAACGGCAACCCCAACAACAUCGACGUCGCUGUUCAACCGACAGAUACAACCGUUGCCGCGGGCGGACCAGCUUUGGUUGCUCCGCAUUACAACGUGUCCUUGAUGCACCUCGGCCAGCCCCGGCAGCCAGCGCCAAGUUGCCCGCCCCAAGAUAAUUACCCGGCGAUCAACCAGGGAGGUCCUUCGAUCAAAGUGGAGCCAAAGUACUACGCACGGAACUGACGGCAUCGUUCGCUUCACCGCGCAUGUCAUAAAAAGGUCUCGUGUCUUUGUC